CGGCUGCGCCAACCCAAAUGGAAACUGGUUUCUGCUGAUCUUCUAGAAUCUAGGUCGAGAUUGUACCCUAAAUCCUCCAUAACCAUAAGCACUUGUUCUAGAAAUGCAAUUUGACUCAGAUCGUACACAUUGGAUGACUGGAAGUGUUGCUGUGCCUAGAAAUACACAAUUUCUAUUCCAGAAAAAGCGAUACAUGACACUUUUGAAGUGGUCAAUCUCGGCACUCUCCGUUGCUUUCCGUCCUCAAAUAUCUCUCACUUCAUAGCAGGAAUUGAUGUGCUCAUUUUUGGUAAGCUCUGUGAUCCGUGCGCGUUGAUUAAUUAAUUAAUUGGUCGGUUGGAGAUGGAGAACAGUGCGGCAACAGCGAGAGAAGAGAAGGAAGGCUCGAGCGAGGGCGGAUUGAGUGCUCAGAGUAUGAAGGAAGGCAAAACCAUGUCGCGGCGGAAGAAGAAGAGCUUCCGUUAUUUUUUGCCCAAAUUUGGGUGUAUGAAGCUGGACGACGACGUUUCGAGGGACGACGGCGGGAGCUUUGACGUGGAGGCUAAUUCCGGAGAGAAGAAUCAGCCGCCGACUCACCUGGUUGUUAUGGUCAAUGGAAUUAUUGGCAGUGCUGAGGAUUGGAAGUAUGCUGCGUAUCAAUUGGCUAGGGCUUAUCCGAAUGAUGUUAUAGUGCAUUGCAGCGAGUCGAAUGCAUCGAAAUUGACAUUUGAUGGUAUUGAUGUUAUGGGGACAAGAUUAGCGAACGAGGUGAUUUCUGUUGUCAGUCGUCAUCCGGCGCUUCAGAAGAUUUCUUUUGUAGGUCAUUCUCUUGGUGGAUUGGUGGCAAGAUACGCCGUUGCGAAGCUUUACCAACAAGAUUCAAUAAGGGAAAAAUCCGGUGAAGGAAAGGAGGAGGAUAGUGGAAAUGAGCCGCGGAUAUGUUUAGAAGAGAAAACAAGAGCAUCAAUUUGCGGCCUCGAACCUAUGAACUUUAUUACAGUCGCAACACCACACCUUGGAUCGAGAGGGCAUAGGCAGGUUCCUAUGUUUUGUGGAAUUUACAACAUGGAGAUAUUUGCGAUGCGGACUUCAUGGUUGUUUGGUCCAACGGGAAAACAUUUAUUCUUGUGCGAUAAUGAGGACGGGGAAUCUCCGCUCUUGCUAAGAAUGACCAAAGACUCCGAAGAACUUAUGUUCAUCUCUGCUUUGAAGUUGUUCAAGAGGCGCGUUGCCUAUGCUAACGUACAUUUUGACCAUAUUGUUGGAUGGAGUUCGUCGUCAUUGCGCCGAAGGAACGAACUCCCAAAGCGCCGGAGUCUUCUUAGAAAUGCAAAGUACCCACACAUUGUCUACGAGCAGCAAUCGAACACGGGCAACGCUCAAGAACUCCCGUUGGGGGUCAAAGUUAUGAGACGCAGGAGGACACACGAUAUGGAAGAAACGAUGAUCAGAGGACUAACCGGACUGAGCUGGGAACGAGUCGACGUCAAUUUUGGUGGAAGCUCGCAGAGAUUUCUCGCACACAACACAAUUCAGGUCCAACAUUAUUGCAUCAAUUCUCACGGCGCCGAUGUAAUACAACAUAUGAUCGACAACUUUGCGCUAUAGGAACAGAAUCAAACCUAUGUUCUUCGUAUCCCACGGUCGCUCGCCGGGCCGGUAUUUUUCGAGGAAUUCUUUGUCUGAGACAAAAUAUGCAGGAAAGAGGUAAAUACAUUUUUCCAAAUUUAGAAAUUCUGUUGAGAUUAAUAAGUUUUUAUGAGGAAUUUUAUUUAUAUAAAUGAUAAAUCUUUAGCAUGGCUGUGUUAGCUGUAAAAAAGAAUGCAGAAAAGAGAAGGAUUCUUGUUUGUUUUUGUUUUGUAUAUGGAUUUGGCCAAAUUUGUUUGA